AUGGCUAAGACGCUGACGACGAGUGGGGACAGGACGCCCAUUUUUGAAGCCCUGCAGUCAGGUACCAGCGCAGUUUUGCCGGCAGCAACUCGCUCUCAGAUACAACAGCUGCAGCAAUAUGAGACAAUCCAGGAAGGCAGACAGGAUCAGCAGAGGCUGUCAGCUGUACAGUCAAAAGGGAAAUCGCCCGCUGAUACUGGGUCGGAAGGAGGUCUUCGCAACUCCUCAACAGAAAAUGGAGCAAUAGUUGUUGGUAUGCUCGUCCAGUGUGGGGAGUGUGGCAAAAAAUUUAUCAACUCCUACUAUUUAGAAAAACAUAUUAACAAACGGCACAGGGGCGAUCCUCGCCAGUCAACUGUUGCUCUGCUUGAAAACCCGCAUAUCUCAACACUUGGCACUGGUGGCUUUCAUCAGGCUUUUGAUUCGGUCAGAACCGCCACAUCAGCACCCUUAACAAUUCUGGAGCAACAGCAACAACAACAGAUUACCCAGCAGCAACAACUCCUGCAGCAGCAGCAGACGCUGCAGCAGCAGCAGCACCUGCUGCAGCAACAGCUCAGUCUUCUUAGCGCUGCAGCAUUACGAGCAACUGAGAUGCCAAAAACGACUAGUGAUUUACCUCAGCCUGCGCCAGUGGCGGCUUCCGUGGGGGGCGUGCUUCUUGAAGAGGCGGGAGGUACUCUUGGUUUCGCAUCUGGUAGAAAGAACUCAGCGUCGCCCACAGAAGAUACCAGAGAACAAGCAAUGGCUGAUGUGAAAAGCGACGUCCAAAGAGAAAUCCAGAAAGCAGUCAAAACGCUCAAAGAUACAUUCAAGGACGAACUGAUGGAGCUGCAACAACAACUUAACAACAUCGAGCCACCACAGCAUCGCGAUACUGCGGCCGUGUUGCUUGAAGAACUAAGAGAUGCACCUUCAAGGGAAACCAAGAAAAGUCGGAGCAGGAGAGCAGUCAACGCUCCCCCUUCACAUACGACAGAGCAAAAGGUGUGCAUGCAGUAG